AUGUACGACACGAUAACUGACCCCGACGAAGAUCCGAGCUUUUAUUACAACCACUCGUGCGACCCCAACACGUGGUACGCUACCGCUACUUGCAUGGUCGCUCUGCGCGACAUUCGCCCGGGUGAGCACGUCACGUACGACUACGCCUGCACGGAGACGGAGGGUAGCAUGCAUGCCGGCCUGCACUGCCGCUGCGGCGCCGCGUGCUGCCGUGACACGCUCACAUUCACCGAGUGGCGCUUGCACGACUGGCAGCGGCGGUUCGCCGGCCACUGCUCGGCUUAUAUCGAGCGGAAGAUGGCCGAGUCGGGGUGGUACGACCCGCGCGUGGUUCCUCGCUACAAAGGCGGCGCGGACGGCUUCAAGGGGAUGUUCGCAUUGGCGAGCGUCCGACGUGGCGAACCGCUUCUCGUCUUCGCCGGCAAGCUUGUCGGCCUCGACUACCUGCUGGGAAGCGACGAGCGCACGCAAGAGCUCUCGCUGCGUGUCAACGAUCACCUCUGGCAGGUGCCGCAUCCGACGCGUGGGCCCGAGACGCCCGACUUUAUCAACCACUCGUGCGACCCAAACUGCGGAUUGGAAGACUCGGUGACGGUGGUGGCCUUGCGGGACAUCGUGCAAGGCGAAGAGUUGAGCAUCGACUACGGGAGCACCAACGCAGGCGUCGUCCGCACCAGCAGUGACAACUUCAGUUGCCACUGCGGCGCGUCGAUCUGCCGUGGGGUGGUCACAUGUGACGACUGGCAGCUGCUUGAGCUGCAGCAGCGACUGUGGCCGUUCUUCCCGCCGUUCAUCAAGCGACUGAUCGUGAGGGAGUCGGAGCAGUCUGACUCGAAGCCGCAGUCUGAGAGUGGUGAAUCCACUAGCAGCGGUCCUGGGCACGACGACGACGAAACUGGGGGCGACACGGACGUCAGCAACGACGAUCUUGAGGAGAUCGUGUCGGAAUCGGACAGUGAUGCCGAUUCCGACAACUACAAGGCCGGCAGUGACGACGAAGAGGAAGAUUCGGACGGUGCCGAAGUAGGAAGCGGUGACGACCGCAGCACACGUCGAUCGAAGAAGGAGAAGCGCCCGCCGGCGAAGCGCAACAAGCGAGUGUGGUUGGACGCAGAGCUGACAUCACUCGCGGCCGCUCGUUGGAACACGAAGGACGACCUCAAGGCGAUGCAAGGGAAGCAAGGGAGCCAGUACUUGAAGAAGCUACGAGCUCAUAUGGUUGAGAGGGACGACACUGUGGAGAAUUACUCUACAAAGGUGGUGAGCUAG